UUUGUUAACGGCUGAGUUGCGCUCAGCUGGAUUUCAAUGGAGACGGGACGCCGGAGCAGGAGACUGACACACAGGCCGGCUAUAGCUAUCGCUCCAUCCGCGAUGACCGCAUUUCUUAAGGGCAGCGCGCGCACUGUGGCUUGAUGCGCGCGCUCUCUCCCUUUUGAGUCAUUCGGUGAGAGCAGGACGUGCCGAUCCCGUUCUGCCAGACCGCUGGGGGAAAAAAGAGAGGGAGAGAAAAAGAGGAAAAAUCCACAGUAGCCUACUGCUUGUGUGCGUGAAUAAUCCAGGAAUCCAUCUUUAAAACCGAACCGUGAAGAGCUGCGGGGCAUGUAAACGCGCGAGGAGGCAACGAACGCAGCGCUAAAACGUGAGUUCCAGGGAAUUGUCGAAUCGGUGGGAUGAGCGUGGAGCACGGCAGAUUUGAAGGAAGUAUACGCAAGGGAAACAGCACGAUGAGCGUCAAGAGCGGCAGCGCGAACACCACCAUCAUGCAGCCUCCCGGUGGCCGGAGCCGCGGAGACGCGCGCUACCCGCAACACGCGCCCCACCAGAGCGGUUCGGUGGUGAAACCCCAAAACGAGCCCGCAGACCUGGUGAAACGAGCCCUGGACUUCAAGACGCAGGGCACGCAGUGCUACAAGGAUAAAAAAUACCGCGAGGCCAUCGGCAAAUACCACCGCGCGCUACUGGAAAUGAAGGGUCUGUGUCGCGUGCUGGGGGACCCGGACACCAGCAAAUCCCCGUCCACCGUCCUGACCAGCAUCAGCAAGUCCAGCCUGACGGACGAGCAGAAAGGCGCGGUGGAGAACGCGGAGUUGGAGUGCUACAACAGUCUGGCUGCUUGUCUGUUGCAGAUGGAGCUUGUGAAUUAUGAACGAGUGAAAGAGUACUGUCUGAAGGUUUUGAGAAAGGAGGGCGAGAAUUUUAAAGCCCUGUAUCGCUCUGGCGUGGCGUAUUAUCAUCUGGGAGAUUUCAACAAAGCCCUGCACUACUUAAAGGAGUCACACAAACAACAGCCCACAGAUACUAAUGUCAUCCGCUACAUCCAGCUGACGGAAAUGAAGAUUCGACGAAAUGCCCAGAGAGAAAAAUCAGAAGUUCCGUAAAACGGCUCCCGCUUGAAUAGCUUUCCCACUGCGGACACCCCACUAUCCCCUCAUCGCACUCUCCGUGGACGAGGUUCGGCAUUUCAUGGAAGACUUUGUUCCAGUGCGGGUCAACACACCUGUCUCAGUCCUGUCAGAAACAGUCUCUGGCUCAGAUUGAAGAGCUGAAUCAGGUGUGCUGUGCCCUGGAGUAGACCGUGGAGACCCGGGAAAGGAGACCACCAGGGAUCUCACUGGCAUUUAUUAUACUUUCUGAAGUACAGUAGUGCUGUCAAAAUGCUUGCUUUUAAUCCCCAGUUGUAUUUAAGUUCUGGAAAACGAACAGAUGUAGGUCUCUCGCGGUGGUUGUGCUCCACAGAACACCAUUUUGUGGCUGGUGAAACAUUCCUGCAGCUUUUUGUUUGUAUUGUUUUCAUGACAAUGUUUUUUAUUCGAGAUUCUGGAUCAGUUUUGUUGUAAACACAUAAAGCUCCUUCAUUUAAAGUGCAAUUAAGUGUCACUACUAGUGAAAAUGAUGCCAAUCAUAUACAACCUACUCUUCACUUAACACCCACAUUCAAAUCGCAGUGAUCUCUCAAGAUCUCACACGCACAGAGUGGGCUUAAGUGUACACACACACACACACGCACACACGCACACACACACAGUGAACAUGAGUGUAAGCAUGUGAAUCAAGCACAGUCUGACUGACACGUAUACAAAAGCAUGUAGGAGUUAAAUAAACUGUGGUCAUUGUUAUAA